AUGUCGUCCGAUAACUCUAAUUCUAAUUUUGAAUAUCAUGGUUGGAAGGAUCUCAAAAUCUUUAUAACCAGACGGUUCGGCACGUCUAUAAUGAACUGCAUAAAACUUUUGGAGAAAGAAGAACAACGAACGGUUAAACUCAACAAUGAUAUUGUAUUCCUUAAACGAUGCCGGACACACAAUCUGACCCCAAAAGGAAUGAAGAUCAAAAACCAUUGGUGCCAUAUUCCUGGAUCCAACGAUUUACUCAAAAAAGCAGAACAAACUUUGGUUAAACUGCAAAUCCAUUUCAAAUUUGCUGAAUUGGAGAAAUUGAAGAAAUCGAUCUCAAUUAAACAACAACAACUCAUAACUCUUCCUCCAACUGUCAACGAGAAAGUGUCAAAAUACAUGCGUGAUGAUAAAAUGGCUUUCAAUCUACAGACCAAAACCCUACAAGCAAAGAAAUUUGACCAUCUCCUGAGAGGAACUAUCACAACAAAAGCCACCAGACAUCAACCCUUUCCCAGCAAAAUAGCUACACACCACGACAUAGAGAAAAGUAUAGUAAAUCUAUCCCAUCGCGAACUAACAGAGGACGAAACGAAAGCACUUCAACUAGGUCUAAAUUACGCCCUCCCAUAUUUCAAACACAAGGACCUUAUUAUAGAAGCAGGCAUAAAUAUAGAACUAUGUUUGAAUGACUUCGAAAUAACGGAAGUACACAAGAAUAAAAUUCGAUCAGGAAUUUCCAGAAUAUUACACUCAGAGAUCAACAAGCCAGACGAAGUGUCCAGAAACUACGAGUGGCUGAAACCAAUUUGUAAAAAUCUCAAACAAGAUAAAUCUAUUACAAUCGUCCCUGCAGACAAAGGAAAUAUGACAGUGAUCAUGUCCACAACCAAAUACGACGAGAAAGUUCAAGAGCUACUUAAUGAUCCGAAUUACACCAUCAUCCCCACCGACCCUACGAAAUUAGUGGAACAAGAAAUUCACACCUUGAAACGACUGGACUCCUGUAACGAUUGGAAAGCUGUCACAAAACUGACCUCGGAAGAAGUGAUGAAACUAAUCAGAAUCACAGUCAACUCCAACUAUUUUACCCGAAAAGGAAAGAUUUACAGACAAAAAGAUGGAACACCAAUGGGAAGCCCAAUUUCACCGGUCUUUGCAGAAUUUUGUCUACAAGAAUUAGAAGAACAAUUAAUAUUGAACAAUCCAGACAUUCCUUUUUACCAAAGGUUUGUGGAUGACUCCAACGGCUGUAUCAAGGCAGGCAAGAAGGAUAGUAUCCUCCAAUCUCUUAACAGUUUUCACCCCAGUAUCCAAUUUACAUGUGAAACAGAAGAAAGUCGCAAGCUGCCAUUUUUGGAUGUCUUAAUAUCCCGAGAUGAAGAUGGAACCAUUCACAGACAAGUUUAUCGCAAACCGACGCACACUGGGAGAUACCUCAACUAUAACUCAUACCACCACCCAUCCCAAAAGUUGGCUGUGAGACAAGCCGCCCGCUUAAUCAACGAGUAA